AUGUCGCUGUUACGACGCGUUUCCAAAUUCUCAGACUUGUGUCUGCCAAUGUUAAUCUGUCAUCCCAUAACUUCAUCAAAUGCUCUUGUCUAUCCGCAGAGUAGCACUAUAUUUAGUGGCAACUAUUCGGCACAGGUUGACUUAGGAUAUGCGAUCUACGAGGGUAUCACCAACGCCUCAACUGGGUUGAACACCUUCAAAGGCAUCCGCUACGCGGCACCCCCAACCGGACCUCUCCGCUGGCAACCCCCUCAGCUACCAGCCCUGAACCGUACCUCGGUGCAGCCUGCCCUAUCCUACGGGCCGAUUUGCCCACAGAGUUUCAAUGCGGUACCAGGAAAUGAGUUCAUCCUAGGCGAUGAGGAUUGUCUCAACCUGAAUGUCUAUGCGCCCGCUAAUGCUGACAAACUGCCAGUCCUGGUAUGGAUCCAUGGUGGUGGCUAUGGGUUCUUCAAUGGGCAGCAGGACAUGUCUUCGAUUAUCACGACAAACAACAACACGUUUAUCGGAGUUGGUAUUCAAUACAGGGCUAUUGCUGCAUCUCCGUACCUACCCACGCAGUACAGGUAUAAUGACUUCCUACCCACUCAAGCGUACUAUGCUUUCGCCGGGGCAUCGGGGUGUCCCGCAGACUUUGCUUACGGAAAUACGACGAAGACCAUCUUCGAAUGUCUCCAGUCUCAAGAUAGCCUCACUCUCCAGCAGGCGUCUUAUAGAAUCUCUGCCUCAGGCACAUUUGGAUCCUGGGGAUUUCUCCCUGUCACGGACGGGUAUUUCAUUCGCGAACGCCCAAGUGAGGCCCUCCUCAAACGGAGAAUUAAUGGUCAACUGCUCCUCACAAGCAAUACUGCAGAGGAAGGGCCUGCUUACACACCGCAGACCGUCACUUCGGAGGAGGAGCUAAUGGCAUGGCUUCUUCAUACGUUCCCUCUUCUCGGCAUCGAAGACGCCAAUAGAAUUUUAUACUACUACCCCUUUGUCCCACCGUCAGACAACACUACCCUGACGUAUCCGACUGCCGGAGACUCUGGCGCCAGUGCGAUAACCACCAGCCAAAUUGCACACGGGCACCAGCAACGCGCCAAUCUCAUCCUCGGCGAGACGACCUUCAUGUGCCCAUCCUACUGGCUCGCCACCGCCUUCAGCUCGCCCAGCACAGGACACCGAAGCUACAAGUACCAGUACUCGAUUCCCACGGCACUACAUGGCUACGACCUAGAAGCUGACUUCGGCCCUCCGCGCAGGAACCAAGGCACAGACUUCGUACGCGCGUUGCAGCUAAGCUGGGGGAACUUCGUGCGCUUCGGGGACCCGUCCACCCCCUCGAGCGUGGCAGACGGAACAGACAGUGCCGGCCCAGAGCCGCACCCGCUGGAGCACUGGCCUGAGUUUUCUGCUGCACGGCCCCUGAUGGUCGAUUUUAACCAGACGGGCGGUACCCCUUAUGAGUUCACGGCGGUGCAGGUCCGGAACGGCGGUGCAGGUCCGGAACGACGGGCCGCUUACGGUUGUUGGAGGCGGGGACAAGAAUGUGACUUUGCAUUCGGAGCCGGGACUGAUCAACGACUUUCGCGUCGUGGACGCGUAUGGUUGGGAAGGGGGACGCGGGGCGAGAUGCGAUUUCUGGAGGAGUUUUGGGCCGAUUGUUCCCGAGUGAUAGUUGAUUCUAGAAAUGUUUCUACGUGCUAUAUGCUGCUAGCUCGCUCGUUGAGCAAAUUGGCCAGGGAGCCUCUUUGCUGGAUCUGA